GGCGCUUCACUGCCCAAACCAAGUGACAAGAUGCUUUGGAGAGUCCGCCGCUUGUGGAAGACACUGUGUGUCCGGUUGCUAACCACCUGUCUGGUACUGUCUGUGGUCACGGUAUGGUGGGACAACGGCAUGGUGAACCAUGUCAAGUCCUACUCGUACCGCCUCCUGGUGAACCGCUUUAGCGAUAUCACCAAAAGCCUCACCAUCACGCGGGAGCAGGCCAGGAGCUUCAACAACUUCCGCAACCUGUUGGAUCACCCAGACAAAUGUGCCGGCCAGGACGUCCUCCUCCUGCUCUUUAUCAAAACAUCCCCGAUGAACACUGCCAGGCGUGAGUCCAUCAGAUCCACUUGGGGCAAUGAGACCUUCAUCUCGGAUUCCCUGGGAGUGACGGUUAAGGUGGUGUUUGCCUUAGGAGCCCCCCGGGGACCCAACGGCACGGAUGCGAUCAUUCAAAGGCAGCUGUUCCGAGAGGACCGUUUCCAUGGCGAUUUAAUCCAGCAGGACUUUUGGGAUUCCUUCCACAAUUUAACCCUGAAGCUGAUCAUGCAGUUCCACUGGAUGCACAGGUGUUGCGCACACGCUCACUUCCUCAUGACGGCAGACGACGACGUCUUUGUUCACAUUCCCAACUUGGUGGCGUACCUGCAGGAAGUCAGAGAUCGGGGCGUCACGGACUUCUGGGUAGGCCGAGUCCAUAGGGGCGCACCACCGAACCGGAGUAAGGACAGUAAGUACUAUGUACCUCUCGAGAUGUACCAGUGGAUGUCGUACCCGGACUACACACCCGGGGCGGGCUACGUGGUGUCCGGCGACGUGGCAAACAAGAUCUACCAUGCCACUCUGAUACUGAACGCCUCGCUCUACAUAGAUGAUGUGUUCAUGGGCAUCUGUGCCCAGGCAGUUGGCGUCUCGCCACAGGAGCAUUACUAUAUCUCAGGGGAGGGGAAGACACCUGACCAUCUGUGUAUCUACAACCAGAUGAUUACCUCCCAUGGCCACACGGAGGACCUCCAAAGCCUGUGGAAUGCGGCCACGCACCCGCAAGUGAAAGAGAGGACGUCUGGAUUCCUCGGCAAGCUGUACUGCACAGCUGUGAAGAUCUAUCUGCUCUGUCGGUACCAUCUCAACUGCUACCCUUGCGUAGCUGCCUUUUAUUGAGAUUGGAUGAGGACCAUCCAAGAAUGCUGAUGGACUGUAUUUUUGAAAGAAAGACUUUGCCGUUUUUCAACGCUCCCGCCUGUGGUCCUGCUCCGCAACACUCUGCAGCCAUCGGCGCGAGUGUCUGCUUCUCUUGUUGUUUGUGAGAUCGCAUGAGAUUUCUGCGUCAGAGAACUUAAUACUUGAGCGGUGGUGUAAUAGAAUUUGUCUGUGUGGUGCUCUGUGUUGACAUAAUUGGAGGCCACAAACAAUGUGAUCAAAACUUUUAAAUACCUGGUUUGCUCUUUAUGUGGGUUCUGUUACUGAUUAAAAAAAAAAAUCUCUAAAAUUCGACAAAUCCUUUUGUGUGUACCAGCAUUGUUCCUGACAUCACUCACCAGACCACGCCUCUUUAAGGCAGAACGCUCUGGCACACUUAUGACUUCCAGUUUGUCUCAAUGUACAAUAGUUACACUUUUUUUCCCGCUUUACAUUCUCUUGUUUUUUUUUUCUAUGCCGUACAAUGCUGUUUAUUUAUUAAAUCAAGUAAAAUAAUGUUGGUUUUAGACUGGUAAUGCUUUAAUGAAAUUUGCCUCUAAGUCGAGUAGUUUUCUGCAGAAGUUGAAAAACAGCAGGCCUAUUUUGACAAAGUAAGGAGCAUAAAGUACUUAUGUAUAACUACUAAAAAACUCAUUUCUGAAGAAGGGUCAUUGAACAUCAGCUCUGAGGACUUGAUUCAAUAUUUAUUUUCCUAGAUACAAAUGCUUGACUGAUGUCAAAUAAAAGGACUUCUUGAAACCACUGACUUGGUUACACAAUGCAAAGCAUUGACUCAAGUGUUUUAUGAUCCCGGUUAUGAAUCCAAAGGAGUGCAAAAAUAUCUACAUGGCUUAGUGUAAAAUUCCACACAGAGAAGGAAACUAUUGAAUGUGACUGAUAACGCAGUUUGUGGACUGAAAUAAAACACGUCAUAAAAUGACCAACUUUUCUAUUGUGAGUCAUUUUAAUUAAAGAAAUUGCAGCAUGUGUAUGUCCAUUAAAACAAUAAAUGUAUCCAACAACCUCCACCUUAUAUUGCACAUUAGUAUGAUGCAAUACAGUUGAACAUGUCAAAGUACAAAUGUUCAUCUGUUUCAACCCAGGGAGGCCACUGAAAAAA